CAGAUUUUCGCUCGUCGCUCGUGGCUCCUCGAUCGUCCGCACAUGGGCCAAAGGCCAAAGCCCAGCCCGAGCGAGCCAGCCUACGCGCACAAGCACACGCACUCCCCUCCUUCUAUAGUACAUGUGCGAGGUGAAAGUGAAGCGACUGAUUUUUCCCGUCGAUCCGCCGGCGCCGCCGCUGGUUUCCCUCCCCUCCGCCGGCCGCUUCGGCGGCGGGAGGGUGGGGAAACCUCGGAUCCGCGCGUCCGGUGUGUAAAUAGCUUGUUUUGCCUGAUCGUCGUCAGUGCUAUGGGGGUGGCGGCGGCGGCGACAUGUUUCCCCAUGGCGAUGCUCUCCUCCGGUGUGGCGUCGUCGAGCUCGUGGGUGGUGGUGGUUGGCCGGCCGGGGGUCGGCUGCCUGUCCGACGUGCUCCUGGUGGUGGCGGCUUACGCCCUCAUGGUGUUGUGCUACACGCGUGCUCCGCGGCCCCUCCUCCAUGGUGUCAUACAGAAAGGACGAGGGCGAGUCCUGGUUACUGACGUGUGUGGGUGUGGAUGUGGGAACACACCUAUCAUAUGCCCUAGCAGUGCAAGCCUGAACACAUGUCAUAUGUUGGAGUAGAUGCAAGUAUAUGAAUGAUGAAUGGGUGCUGCCUUAAAUCAUCAGCACAUUAGUGGUGCCCGAUCAAAGUCAAACGCUCGCCCUGGACAACCCCGUUCGCCAAAGUGGUUACGCCGAGCUGUAGUUGCUGGGCGCCCAUCUAGCCGCUCUGCUGGGUGUGGCGUCACUCCUGUCCCCGGCAACAUGUACUUCUCUACCAGACAAAUUAACUUAGAUUGGGUUGCUGCAAGAGUUUUUAUUGUUGAUUUCGAAUGUUUUUUAAGGAGAAAGGUUAGUAAAUGAUGUUGUUUUCUACAAUGCAAA